GCGCGCGGACAGCUGGCUGCGGGGUGAGGGGCGGCUCCUGGUUGUCUGUGCUUAGCAACCUCGGCUGGGACGGCGAGGUUCCUGCCCCGCUGCGUGCAGCUUGGUCCUGCCUCUUAGCCCGCGAGGUGGGUGUCGGGCCCAGGACCCGACUGGGACUCAGGCCCGUGGACGUGCACGCAGGCCCUAGCAAUCCGUGACACCGCGGGGCAGGGACCCAGUGCAGCUGCCAACUAGGGGUUGACCGGCACUGGUGGAGUCCACUGAUCCUGGCAGGGGCCAAUCCUGCGCCAUCUCUGUAACAAAGUUCUAAGAAGACAAGAGGUCUUUUGCUGCCACGGGCCAACGGUGGCUUUAAAAGACUUGUUUGUGUCUCUAUAAGGACUGCCAAGGACAAUGAAGGUUCUCUUAUUGAAAGAUGCCAAGGAUGAUGACAGUGGCCAGGAUCCAUAUAUCCAGGAACUGGGAUUGUACGGACUGGAAGCUACGCUAAUUCCCGUUCUGUCAUUUGAGUUUUUGUCUCUUCCCAGUUUGUCAGAAAAGCUGUCUCAUCCUGAAGGCUUUGGAGGACUCAUUUUCACCAGUCCCAGGGCGGUGGAAGCAGUGAAGCUGUGUCUGGAGAAGGACAAUAAAACUGCAGACUGGGAAAAGUCUCUGAAAAGCAGGUGGAAUGCCAAGUCUGUGUAUGUGGUUGGAAGUGCCACCGCUUCUCUAGUGAACAAAAUCGGCCUGGAUGCAGAAGGAGCACACAGUGGCAAUGCGGAGAAGCUUGCUGAAUAUAUUUGCUCCAGGCCAUCUUCAGCACUGCCUCUUCUCUUUCCCUGUGGAACUAUCAAAGGAGAUACCCUUCCGAAAAUGCUCAAGGACAAAGGGAUCCCCAUGGAAACCAUGCAUGUCUAUCAGACAAUUCCACACCCUGGGAUCCAGGAGAACCUGGAGAGCUACUAUGAAAAUCAGGGUGUCCCAGCCAGCAUCACAUUUUUCAGCCCCUCCGGCCUUAAGUACAGCCUGGAGUAUAUUCAGGAGUUAUCUGGUGGCAGCUUUGAUCAGAUUAAGUUUGUAGCCAUUGGCCCCAGUACAACUCGUGCUAUGGCUGCCCAGGGCCUGCCUGUGAGCUGCACAGCAGAGAGUCCCACCCCACAAGCCCUGGCUGCAGGCAUCAGGAAAGUGCUGCAGCCAGACAGCUGCUGCUGAAGCUAUGCCGGGCCAGCUCCUUCCUCGUGCACAGUACAGCUUGUGCUGCCUCUAGGAUAGAGCCCCGAAUCAGGGCUCUGGAGAAGCUGCUGUCUGCAUACACUGUCUUCGUGGAGUCCAUGUUGGAACCCAGGCCAGGUGUAACUGGUCAUUGGACCUUGGGGAGCUUCCUGAGCCUAGAAAAAAGGACGUGAAAUCAUCCACCUGGUUACUUGUGCGUGCAGCCCACUUUCCUUUUUAAUUAUCUUUUGUAUGUAUAUGGGGGGGUCUUGUCUGUAUCUAUGUUUCUAUGCCAUGUGCAUGCCUAGUGCCUGCAGAAGCAAGGAGAGGGUGUCAGAUCCCCGAGAACUGGAGUUAGAGACAGCUGUGCAUCCCCAUGGGGGUACUGGGAAUUGAACCCAGAUCCUCUUAGAGAACAAGUGCUUUCAAUCACUGAUCCAUCACUCCAGCCCAAUAUUAUCAUGUGUGGUUCUUGGUGCAAAGCUGUGUUCGGGGGCAACAUACAUGGUCUUUCUCUGAUGCUGACCUGGUUAAGAAUGAUAAAUUGCUAUUUGUGAAAUGUUUAUUCAUUAUACAAAAACAAAACAAAACAAACGACUGAGCCAAGCAUGGUAGCACAUCCAUCAUCCGAGCAUUCAAGGGAAUGGAGAUGGAGACAACACAGCCAUGCACUUAAGGCCAGCCAGGCCUAUAUAUAGUGAGGUGCCAUCUCAAAAAUCCAAAUAAAAAUAAACAAGACCUAAA